AACUAUUAGUUUUUGGUAAGAUUUUUGUGUUGUCUGUAGGAUGAAUAUGUAUUUGAGACAUGAGCAAAGGUAUAUGAUGGGUCAAGGGAGGCCUACAUUGGCCCUAUGUAACUUGGAUUUGAAUCAUUGAAGACUUCACCCAUAUCCAAAUAUAAAUUUGUCCUUGAUUAAUUAGUCAUACUCUUUCAUAUAACACGUGAAAAUAUCUUACCUUGAAUGCCCUUUUUUAAUAAACUUUGUGGAUUACAGGUUGGCUUAAGAAAAGUAUCAACUAAGUGUAAUUCGAUCUCAGAAACGUACUUGGAAAUAACGAUAAAAGAACAAACAAAUAAAUAAAUUUUGUGUAUAUUUAUUUCAUUCAUGUUAUUUACUAAGAAAAUAUCCUAUAACUAAUCUAACAAACUACUGACGUCACUCACAAUUUUCCCGCUAUAAAGCCCCCUUUUCAUCUCUUCAAAUAUUCAUUUCAUUCGUCCUCACCACCAAACUCUCCAAUGGCGGCCCAACUCAAACACAACCAGCAUUCUCUUAUAUUUUACAUGACUUUCUCUCUCCUCAUCUUUACUUCCAUGGCAGCUCUAUCUCUAAGUGAACUUGAAGCUGCCAUUUUUGCUCUCCAAUCUAAUGGUUUCAAUCUAUUCGGUAACUCCAUUGCUGUUUCUGAACUCUCUGUUCAACUUCUCUCUCAUAAAUUCCACUCGACUUCCAUUAAAGGUCAUGGAUUCACCUUCCUUGCACCUCCGAACUCGGCACUUUUUUCGCUCGACAUGUCAACUGACGCUUUCACGUAUACUCACUCUCUUCGUUUCCAUGUAAUUCCUCGCCGUCUCUCGCUAUCGCAGCUUCACAAUAUUUCUCUGUCGUCGAAUCCUCACCUGCAGACGCUUGUACCAGGUCAUUUUCUUUUCGUCACUUCUUAUGGUCGUCGUUUUGUCGCUGUUGAUGGAGUUCGCAUCUCUUUCCCCGACCUUUAUUUGAGGUCAGAGAUAGCCGUUCAUGGCCUCGAUGGACUACUCGUCACUUCUACUGAAGAAUACUUUCACCGUCUUGAUUCAUUCCAUGCCAACCUUUCUCCUACUCCGACAAUUUCUGCUGUAACCAGUGGUGAGAUUUCUGCCUCUGAUCCUGCAAUCGAAGCUCAAUCUCCUCAUUUCGUGAGCUAUCCUUCGCUUUCACCGGAGAUUAACCAAAUUUCUUCUCCGACCGAAGCUUCUACUCCAGAAUUCGAAGGAUUCAAGGCGCUUUCACCAGAAUUUGACGGAAUUUCAGAAAUUAGGUCACCGGUUGGAACUUAUUCACAAAAUUUUGACUCAAUUCCGACGUCGCAUGACAUAGCAUUCACUGGAGGAACAUAUAAUGUCAUUUCAAUUCCGCCAAUAGAUGCUUAUUCGCCAGAAAAUGACGGAAUUAUAGCUCCAUCACCACCCCCAACAUUUGAGUUUCUCUCUCCGGAUGAAUACUCGAUUUCGCCAACGGUUGAUGAGUUGUUUGAUGCCGAGUUGUUCUCACCUAAUGCUUUGUCGACAGUUUGGGAUGUUCCGUCGCCAUCCUUUUCGAUUGGAGAGUGGCAAGACAAGAGUGAACAUAAAUAUGGUGAAGAUAACGCAAAGCUUGAGGACAGAAAAAGUCAAGCUCAAGAUCAAAGCCAAGGCCAAAGUGAUGAAAACGGCUGGAGAGAUUGGGAGUUUUGACAAUUUGGCGAAGAUCAAUAUUCUUCAGUCUUACUAUCUUUAAAUUUGGUAUUUUUCAAGCUUCAUAUUAGGCAUUGAAUUUGUUUCAUAAUCAGUGUUGCAAUUGACACUUAGUGGAUUACAUGCAUUUGUUUUAGAGGAGUUUAAAAGCUGAAUUAGUCCCUUUUACACAAGUAAAAGUUUUAUCUCUAUCCAACUCGACACGUUAAGACAAACCAUAUCCGUUUAGUUUAGUCUUGGUUUUUUAAACUAAAAGCCAAAUACAUCGAGCAUAAUGCCCCUAUGCCGAUGAUGAGUACCAGAAUCAUUGUAUACGAGAAUUGUGUAAUAAACAUCAAUUCAACGAUGACAAUAGAAGAUAUAGUGCAGAGUUCAUUGGAGGGACUAGGAGCAAGGAAGCAUUCCUAUCUACCACCUGCAGGCUGCAACCUGUGAAUGCUAAUCUUCAAGUGAAUGGUUGGCACAAAUUCCAUAAUAAACUGCUUGGAGCAAAUCAAGUAAUCGACAUUUGGACGUGGAAAUACACAUAAAAAAGAACCAUCAGCAGUAGGGCAUCAUAGUUUCUGAAUUUUCUAUUCAGUUAAUUUAGAACUUAAUUGCCUAACAGUUAGUACAUGAACAAUACGAUGACAUGCCGCCA